AUGGGCACAGAGUGCUGCUCUGGCGGAGGCUGCCACGAUGCCACUCCGGCAGCUGGUCCCGAACACAACCAUGACAAUCAUCACCACGGGGAACAGAGCCACCAACAUGACAGUCAUGAUCAUCAACAAGUCCAGGACCACGCGCACAAUCAUGACAAUGGAGAUGACUCUGACGUUUGCGCGGUUGAAGAGCCCUGCACACAGGAGGGCGAGUGCUGUGAUGACGAAUCUUGCUGCGGCGAUUCCAGCCUGUCCGAGACUCUGGCCUGCUGCUCCAGUAAUGACGAACAUUGCGAUGAGAAAUGUAUCCUUGCAGCGGCUGCACUGGAGUGCGAAAAGACGUGCGAAACAGACAACUUGACGCAAAGCACUGCCGCGGGACAUGAACACCAGCACGAUGCGAAUGGACACCAUCCCUCCGGAGCAUGCAAUUCCCACCUCGAAAAAGCAUUUAACCAAUACAGCGCUUAUCUUGACUCUGCUCGCUGCAUCUGUCGAAGUAUUCUCGAGCGAGGUUGGUCGACAACAUGCUGUGCUAAUCAACCCAGGAAAGUCCCCUCUGACGGUGUCGAAAACAUUUGCGUCGACAAGCCCGGAAUAUAUGCCAGUGGGCGAAAGGUUCAUAAACACGACGGCCCUCAUCAUCACCACGAAAUUAGGCGCCGUGGAAAGAUGUCCAAGCACGAAAAAAACGAAGGAGACCCCUGCUGCCAGCCGGUCAAGUCUGAUUGCUGCGGCGACCACGCGCUGAGCCAUGACGCCAUUCAGCCCGCUGACAAUGCCAAUUCUCACGGGUGUCGUGCAGUCGAGCGAGACGUGGAAAAGGCCGAGGGUCUAGAGCAUGUCGCGCUCCUCGUUGAUGGCAUGACUUGCUCGGGAUGUGGCAACAAGAUGGCCAACACUCUUAACAGGAUCACUGGUGUUUCGUCCGUCAAGGUCAACUUCGUCAUGGGUCAUGCGGAAUUCGAGCUUGACACGUCAGUGACUACUGUAACCGAGGUCGUUCGUGCUGCGGAGAGAGCAACCAACUUUCGUUGCAACCGGAUGGCUACCGAUGAUCAGGUUCUUGAUGUAUUGGCAUUGGGUAAAUCGGCCAAGGCACUCUUGGACUGCAACAUCAAUGGUGUCACAGGUGCCACUAUUUUGAACAAGCGCACUGUUCGCUUGAGCUAUGUCCCAACGGUGAUUGGGGCAAGAGAGUUGCUCGAGAAGCUUCAAGGCCAAAUUGAGGGCCUCGCUCCUCCUCGUGACGAUCCGUCCGUUUCGAGUGGCCGCAAGAGGCUCUACGACCAGCUUGCCAAGACAACUCUCGCUGCUGUUUUUACCAUUCCUGUUCUGGUUCUGGCUUGGGGAGAUUCCCUUGUUGGCGAACGAAAGCGGGCAAUUGUUUCCAUUAUAUUGGCCACAUUGGUCCAGAUGAUUGCCAUUCCUGACUUCUACCGCCCAGCCAUUGGCGCACUCAUCCACAGCGGCACCAUUGAGAUGGAUAUGCUUGUCGUCAUCAGCAUCACUGCGGCAUAUUCGUACUCGGUUGUGGCUUUUGGAUUUCGCAUGGCAGGCGCGCCGCUCGAGACGUCGGAAUUCUUUGAGACGAGUACUCUUUUGAUCACCCUCGUGAUCCUUGGUCGACUUGUGGCUGCAUUUGCACGUAUCCGAGCUGUUGAAGCUGUGUCUGUGCGAUCUCUCCAAACCACAAUGGCUGUCAUUGUCGAGAAUAAUAGUGACAGAGAGAUUGAUGCUCGCUUGCUGCAAUACGGCGACAAACUCAAGAUUGGCCCCGACUCAGGCGUGCCCACCGACGGUAUCGUUCUCAGCGGCCUAAGCGAUGUUGACGAGUCGAUGCUCACGGGAGAGAGUGUUCCAGUGUCCAAAAAGCAAGGCGACGCGGUGAUUGCCGGAACGGUCAACAAAAACGGUGUCUUGAUCGCUCAAUUAACCCGACUUCCCGGCAAGAAUACCGUGACGGACAUUGCUCAGCUUGUCGAAGAAGCACAAAAUUCAAAGCCCAAAAUCCAAGACUACGCAGACCGGGUUGCCAGCUGGUUCGUCCCGGUUGUCACCUCAGUCGCCAUCAUUGUCGUGAUUGUGUGGCUGGUUGUCGGUCUCAAAGUUCGCAAUUACAACACCGGCAAGUCCAUCUCGAAUGCAAUCACAUACGCUGUUGCGACUUUGGCUGUAUCCUGCCCAUGUGCCCUUGGUCUGGCCGUGCCCAUGGUACUCGUCAUUGCGGGUGGCAUUGCCGCGCGCAACGGCGUCAUUAUCAAGUCUGCGGAAAGUACAGAGCGAGCUCGCAAAGUGACGGAUGUUGUUUUCGACAAAACCGGCACCAUUACUGAGGAAAACCUGGAUGUGAAGGAACAAGUCCUUCUCAUCAAUGAUGCCGCAGCGAUAUCCAUCUCGAAGGCUUUGGUCGCUGGCAACAAACACCCCGUUUCUCUGGCUGUUGCCAAGCAUUUGGAGGGCCAAAGUAUCCCCGCCGAAACGCUAACCGACGUCCAAGUCAUCCCUGGAGCAGGAGUAGAGGCCAAGCUGGACGGGGCCUCUCUUCGAGCCGGAAAUCCAAAAUGGACCAAGACUGCUUCUCAUGACGCAGUUUCUCGUCUCCAGGACCAAGGCAUGACACUUUUGGUCAUCACACAGAACGAAGCGCCUAUCGCCUUGUUUGGUCUUGGCACUCAUAUCCGUGCAGAGGCUUCUCGAGUUGUGUCCCAAUUGACCAGCCGCAACAUUGCCAUACACCUGGUUUCUGGUGACCAAAAGCAGGCUGUUGAGAUGGUCGGCUCUGCGGUGGGAAUUCCCAAGGUCGUGUCGCAAUGUACCCCUGUGGAGAAGCGAGACUACGUGGCCGGCCUGAUGCAGGAGGGCAAAUGCGUCAUUUUUGUCGGGGACGGGACCAAUGACGCCGUUGCCGUAUCGCAAGCAGAUGUUGGUGUCCAGCUCGGCAGUGUUUUGUCCGCCAGCGACGUCACUGGCAAGGCCGCUGACGUCGUUCUUUUAAAUGGGCUUGAAGGGAUUCCUUUCCUCUUGGAAAUCAGUCGCGUCAGUUUCCGACGCAUGGUCUUCAACUUUGCGUGGUCGGCAGUGUACAACGUUCUGGCCAUUCUCCUGGCCUCUGGUGCCCUUGUCAAGGUUCGCAUCCCGCCAGCUUACGCCGGCCUGGGUGAGAUAGUCAGCGUUGUUCCCGUCAUCGUGGCGGCGAUGACCAUGUUGUUGAACAAGUCCAAGGCGUCGGCCCAGAGAGAAUAA